GUUCCUAAGCAUGGUUGACCGUGGGAAGCCCAACAUCGAAGCAGCCAAAGAUGGGGUGGAUGAGCACUGUGAGUUCACCCCGAGCAUUGGUGACAUUGUCAGCCCCGUAUUUGAAAUCAUCAAGGUGGACUUCGACAAAGGUCCGGAUCUGACCGAAACACCAGUUGUGGUGAAGGAAGACUCAUAUACCAACCGGAGCAGCGUGGAACAGAAGCACACAUUCAGUUUGUCGUGGACUAAAUCUGUAUCUGAGACCACCAGCUGGAGCCACACCUGGGGUCUCAAUACAUCUUUGUCUUUCGAAUUUUCUUUUGUAAACAUGACGGUCGAGAUCACAUACUCUGGUUCAUACGGCACCAGCAGUACCAAGGAAAGGUCCAUCACCAUAAGUGAGCAAACAGAAGUCACCAUCCCUCCAAAGACAAAGAUUAUUGCCAAAUUAUUUAUCAAAAAGAAUGAAAACUGUUCUAUACCCUUUUCGGCCACCAUUAAAAAGAUCAAGGCUGAUGGGGAAGAAAGUAUAUUUACUGAAAAUGGCAUUUGGAAGGGUGUCAUCUAUGAAAAUGUGACUCUCAACUUAGAAGAGGAAAAACUGUGA